AUGGUAACAACAACAACUAUCCACGAAGUAGAUUUGCCGGGAUCUGCCGCGGAAGAGAAAUCGAAAUCGGUCUCGGUGACAACUCAGCACGAAGAGGAUCUGAAGAGGCUGCCACCGUGGACCAACCAGAUCACGGCACGUGGAGUCUUCGCCAGUUUGACUAUCGGGAUUGUUUACAGCGUGGUGGUGACCAAGCUGAACCUCACGACUGGGCUCGUUCCCAACCUCAACGUGUCCGCCGCCUUGCUGGCGAUUGUGUUUGUGCGGACGUGGACAAAACUGCUCGAGAAGGCUGGUUUUGUGACGACGCCGUUUACGAGACAGGAGAAUACCAUUAUUCAGACAACUGCCGUCGCUUGCUACAGCAUUGCUGUCGGAGGUGGCUUUGGUUCUUACCUUUUGGCACUGGAUAGGAUUACAUAUGAGAAAGCAGGGGUUGAUGCAAAAGGGAAUUCACCCAAGAGCUAUAAGGAACUUAAGCCUGAUUGGAUGAUCGGUUUUUGUUUCGUUGUUAGCUUUGUCGGCUUAUUUUACUUCGAUUUCAGUAUGACUUAUGUGGGAGCUGGCAUGAUUUGCUCCCACAUUGUGAACUUGUCUCUGCUUCUUGGGGCUGUUCUUUCGUACGGCAUAAUGUGGCCGUUGAUUAGUGAAAAGAAGGGAGUCUGGUUCCCGCAGGAUAUCAAGGAAAGCAGCAUGAAGAGUUUGAGUGGCUCCAAAGUUUUUAUUGCAGUAGCUCUUAUUCUAGGAGAUGGACUGUACAAUUUUGUCAAGACCAUGCUAGUUACCUUUAGAAGCAUGCAUUUCUCAUUAAUAAAGAAGAGGAAUCUUGUAGCAGCAGUCAACAACGACAGCACCCGGUUGAACGAGGUCUUCCUCCGGGACGGCAUCCCCCUGGGCAGCCUUGUCCGGCUACGCCCUCCUCUCGGCCGUCUCCACCCUCGUGGUCCCCGCCAUGUUCCCCCAACUCCGUUGGCCCUACGUCCUCGCGGCCUACGCCCUGGCCCCGGCCCUCGCCUUCUGCAACGCCUACUCCUCGGGCCUCACCGACAUGAACAUGGCAAACAACUACGGCAAGGUGGCCCUCUUCGUUCUCGCCGCCCUCGCAGGCCUCGUCGGUUGCGGCCUCGUCAAGUCCAUCGCCCUCGCCUCUGCCGACCUCGUCCAGGACCUCAAGACGGCCCACCUCACCCUCGCCUCCCCGCGGGCCAGGCCGUGGGGACUGCAGUUGGCUGCGUCGUGGGACCGCUCGCCUUUUUCCUAUACUACAAAACCUUCGAGAUCGGGGAUCCCAACGGGCCCUACAAGGCCCCAUACGCGGCCCCGUACCGGAGCAUGGCGGCCCUCGGGGCCAAGGGGUUCUCUGCGCUGCCCGACCACUGCCUGUAUAUGUGUUUCGGGUUCUUCACGCUGGCGGUGUCGGUCAACCUCCUGAGGGACGCGGUCCCUGAGAGGGUCGGGAGGGUCGGGAGGGAGGAGGCGGGCCCGAUGGUGCCGGCGGUGGCUUCGGGCCUAAUAUGUGGGGACGGGCUUUGGGUGUUGCCGUCAUGCGUGUUGGCUAUGGUUGGGAUUAGGCCGCCCAUCUGCAUGAGCUUCUUGCCCGGGAAGGGCGGCUUGUGA